UGAUGACGCAAUCGGUGUUUGCCCGGUAGCCCGUGGUAACCCGGACUCUGCGGAAGUGUAGCAGCAGCACCGCAGCUGAGAUAGGUAACCUGCAACUAGGCUGUCAAGCAGCCGCUCCGGGUUGUGCGGACCCACGACCUCUGAUGGGGCGAGCAGGGAAUUGAAAGUUGUGGAAAGAUAACGUGUGCCAGUGGGUGCUUCUUACUUGGCGAGCCAGGCAUUUGCGAUUCUGAGCUACUAGAGGAGAUAAGAAGCCUCAGCUGAGAUUCAGCAAAGCUACCAACUGCAGACUGCAUCAUGGACGUAAAGCUGGACCCUUCCCGGGAUGACCUGCCUCUCAUGGCCAACACCAGCCACAUGCUUGUGAAACACUACAUACUGGAUUUGGAUGUGGACUUUGGAAAUCGAGUCAUUCAGGGCAACAUAGUGCUUUUCUUUGGAGAUGGAAACAGAUUUAAAAUACAGUCAAGUUCCACCCAGGAGACCUUCCAGAUGAAGUCAGAGGAAGCCUACAUAUUUAGGACAGCCGAACCCUGCCAUGUUCCUGAGAUGGAUUCAAGUACCUUCUCACCUAAGAUGGGACAUAGAGAAUUUGCAGUCUGUGGUAAAGGUGAUCAUGAUGCCUUUGAUAACGAUGGUAACCAUGACAACCAGGAACAUGAUUCUGAGCUCUCUAGCUCAAAGUACUGCUGUGACACAGGGAAUCCUGGGAGAGAGGAUUUCUUGCUAGUGUUGGACUGCUGUGAUUUAUCUGUGCUAAAGGUAGAGGAGGUGGAUGUGGCUGCUGUGCCAGGCCUUGAGAAAUUUACAAAAGCUCUGAAGCUCUCAACUACUCCUGAGAAGCUCAGGCGUGAGAUUGUCCGUGACCUUGUGGCUCUGCCUGCAGAUGCUUGGAGGGAGCAGUUGGACUGCUACGCCCGUUGCAGCCAGGCUCCUGGCUGUGGGGAGCUCUUGUUUGACUCUGACAAUUGGAGCUUACAGAUCAGGAAGAUGGGGGCUUCGACAGCUGCUGACUUUCCUCAUGCCAUCAGGAUAUGGUAUAAAACUAAACCGGAGGGGCAGUCAGUGGCUUGGGCCUCAGACCAGAAUGGCAGGCCAUGUGUUUAUACUAUGGGAUCCCCCAUCAACAACAGGGCCCUUUUUCCAUGCCAGGAACCACCCGUUGCCAUGUCAACAUGGCAGGCUACAGUUCGAGCAGCUGCAUCUUUUGUUGUUUUAAUGAGUGGGGAAAAUUCUGCCAAGCCCACACCACUUCGAGAAGGACACAUGAGCUGGCAUUACUAUGUGACCAUGCCAAUGCCGGCCUCUACCUUCGCAAUUGCAGUGGGGUGUUGGAUAGAGAUGAAGCCCAAGACGUCCCUGUCAGAUGAUCUGAUGGCUGAGCACGAGCUCCCCCUCCCACCAUCAGAGGCUGACUUCAGGUAUGAUAACACCUGCAGUCAUAUGGACUACCCUUGCCGGUUCCAGAGUAGGUCGGCUGCUGCCCAGAACAUCAUUCCUUACCGAGUGUUUGCCCCAGUGUGCCUUGAGGGUGCCUGCCAAGAGGCCCUGCUGUGGCUGAUCCCUCCUUGCCUCUCAGCUGCACACGCUGUCCUAGGAACACACCCUUUCUCCCGGCUGGACAUCCUCAUUGUCCCCACCAGCUUUCCAAGUCUGGGGAUGGCCAGCCCACACAUCAUCUUUCUCUCUCAGAGCACCUUAUCGGGCACAAGCCAUCUCUGUGGGACCCGUCUUUGCCAUGAAAUUGCUCACUCCUGGUUUGGCCUAGCCAUCGGGGCCCGAGACUGGACAGAGGAGUGGCUCAGUGAGGGAUUUGCCACUCAUUUGGAAGAUGUAUUUUGGGCUGAAGCACAGCAGCUGCCCCCCCAUGAGGCCCUGGAGCAGCAAGAGCUGAGGGCUUGCCUGCGCUGGCGUCGCCUGCAGGAUGAGCUUCAGAACUCCCCAGAGGGAAUGCAGGUCUUAAGACCCAACAAAGAAGAGACUGGCCACGUGACUGCUUCAGGUGCAUCUCUUGUCAAGCAUGGACUCAAUCCAGAGAAGGGCUUCAUGCAGGUUCAUUACUUAAAGGGCUACUUCCUUCUUCGGUUCCUAGCCAGAACGUUUGGAGAGGAAACUUAUUUUCCGUUUUUAAGAAAAUUUGUGCACCUGUUUCACGGGCAGUUGAUUCUUUCCCAGGAUUUUCUUCAAAUGCUGUUGGAGAGCAUUCCAGAAAACAAAAGGCUUGGCCUGUCUGUUGAGAACAUCGUCCGUGAUUGGCUUGAGUGUUCCGGAAUACCUAAGCCCAGAUGCUGGCCUAAGGACCAGGCUUACUGUUGUAGUAGCCCUUGGUAGCUGUGGACAGACCCUGUAGCCAUGAAAAGUUUGGUCUUGUUUUCAGGUGAGCAUCUCCUAUACCCAUUUCUUUCUUUCUGACUUUGUGGCUGGUUAUGUGAACACCUGCUUGGAAGUGUCUGAGUGCCAAUGAAUGUCUGUGAGCUAUGACAUGAAGUAGAGGGCGUUCAGCCUUCAAACAUGGGGAAAUGUUAUUACCAGCCUCCAUCAGCUCACUAGGAGAUACUUGGCCUUCAGUUCAGAAACAUAUGCCAGCCACUAGUUAUUGGUUGGCUCCAUCCCUCUGGGAAUCAUCAAAGAAAUAUCAGCUAAAUAAAGCAGGUGAGAAGAUGCUUCCUGGGCCUGGAUGGUAGCACUUUAACAUCAGGUACGUUAUGAGAGCCUGUGGCUUCGAAGAAGGUGACAUCAGAAUGAGAUAAGUUGCAGAACCAGCCUCACCAUUCAGUGUUUUAGGUUAGGCUUCUCUGGUAGUUUCAGUGGAGCCUGUCGUAUGGGCCUAAGGAGGCUGUUGGAGGCUCCUAGGCCACCUUACUGUGGCUGCUCUAGAACAGGACCCUUAUUUGUACCAGCUAGCGAGAAGGGAAGAAAGAGGAAGUCCUAAGGUCUAAGCAGUGUUGCCCACGAGGCAUAUGGGGCGGGGCUGACCCUCUUCUUGGUGGCAGCAGAGGAGGUUGCCUAUGCAAAUUGGGAAAAGGAAAAGAAAGGGUAAGAUUUCUUCUGAGCUAAACCUUUUCUUCCCAAGACUUGGUUGCAUUUGUGACGGCUUUAGCAGAGGCAUGGCUUUCUACCAUGAACUGAUGAAACCUACUGUCAAAACAGCCAGGUGCAAUGCGGCUCAGCAGCUAGAAUUUAUCUUUAAGGCCCAACUGACAUUUCCCUUACUGCUUAGCUGUUGAGUAAACACAACAUUAGCAGACAGAAGCAAGCCUGAUUUAGUGCAUAAGUUAGGCUGGUGAGCGAUCACAGGGCCUCCAUCUUUUCAUCCCCCACCCCCACCCCCACCCCAGUUCUCUGGUUAUUUAUGUGGCCACUGGUGAUCUACCUACCUGCUUUCAGCCCCUUUCACACUCCUUGUUUCUUUUUGUUUCCACUUCAGUGAAAUGCUUGGCAGGGUCUGAGAGCCUGUGGUGGCAGGAGCUCUCAGUGAAUGGGACACCUUGUUCUUCGUCCCGCCAUUAUAAUAUAAAGUUACUAGCAUGCCUGCCCUGAAGUGACGGCACAGCACCAACAGGCUCUCUGCUCUUUGUUCUCCUCAGAAUUUCUGUCCUCCAGCAACCGAAUUCUCUGAUGACAGAGACCAGUGUUCUCUUAUGAAGUUUCCAUCCCACAGGCUACAGAGGCCUUUUGUCUUCUCAGAAAGGCCUGCCUCAAUUUUCCUUCACAGCUCUGCUGAAUAGAAAUCAUGAAGAGAAAAUAAGUGGGCAUAACUUCAGGAGCAGCAGAAGUGGGCAUGAGACCCACAGGCACAAAAGACUUGGAUCUGACCUCCCUAAGGAAUACCUCACUCCUGUAGCCUUUGACCUCGCAGAGACUGAAAUUAUCUGUGUCCUCAGACUUGUUGCUUUUUGUGAGGUUUUUUUUUUGUUUUUUUUGUUUGUUUUUGUUUUUUUUUUUUUUAAUGAAAAGAUCACAUACUUAUAUUAGAAUAUGAAAAGCUCGUAAGUAGGAAAAUUAAAAUGACACUGGGGUGACUUUUUUCUCACACUGUGUCCUUUGGGGCAGGAUCCCAUAUAGUCCAGGCUGGCUUUAGAUUUCUCGUAGCUGAGGUUGCCCACCCACAUUUGAAUACUCCCUCAAUGCUGGGGGUCCAGGUGUGUACCACUGUGGCUGGCAACCAAAGAGAAGACUUUAGUGCACAUCUUUUCAGCCACUAUUCACAGUCUAUAUCUACAUUUUUUUGUCCUUUCUCUGCCGUUUUUGUCUUGACUUUGAGGUGUAGGUGAUAGAACUCAGGGCCCUGUGUAUGAUGGAUACAUUCCCUGGCAAUUAUAAAAUAAAAACAAUACUUCUGAAGUAAGGCCAACCAGAAGCAAAGUCUACAUUGUGGACCCACUGCUGUGUCAGUCUCAGAGGCGACCCAGGCCUGCUGGCAGCCUACUGUGAUCCUCACACCUGCUUCUGGUCUACAUAGUAGGUAUCCAGCCUUAUAAAGAAAAAUCAAGACCUUGGUCUGAGUUUUUAGACAGCGUUCCUUCACUACUUUCCUUUGUCCUUUGAUGUAAGCUGCAGAGCAAGUAUUGGUGACUGCUGCUUUCUGAUGGAUGGUCCCAGACUAACUGUUGUCAGCUCUCUAGCCCUGGGUUGAACUAGUAUACAACUGUCUCCUAGUCUACUGGGGGUUAGUUCCAGCACCCCGCAGAGGACAGCCAGCCCUUCUAUACAGUGGCUUAGUAUGUACACACAACCAUCACAAUCCCCAUAUAUGUCUUAUAGCCAAGACAGUGUGAAGGCCACUGUCUGCCAUCACACUGUCACACUAUUCCCCAGACACUUGACCGGUACACUCAAUCAGUGUAUAUGUUGUUUCUCUUCAUGUGUGCCCUAAGGCCCACCUCAUCCGUAGUCAUGUUUCAACUUCCAUUACAAGAUCCCUGUACAGAUGCACUAGAGAUGGCAUUUCUUCAUUCAGGUCUUCAGUCCUUCUUGGUUUAAGGAGGUCCUCCCGCUAAGCAACUCCACAGUCCUGAUCCUAUUCCCCAGAACCUGCACCAUUUUCUUAUUGUAUUUUGCGUAGGCUGGUGCAACAGCUAAUUGGUCAUGGAGCAGCCAAGCUCUUCUCUUUCUGUGUGUCUGUUUAUCGUCCACAUCAAUGUCAAGUGAGUGAGUUCUCCCUAAACACAGCUCAAAUCCAUCCUCACCGGGGCUCUCUUUAUUGGCAGAACUCCGAGAAUGCUCUCUGGCCUGCUAGUGAUACUGUCAGUCCUACCCAAGGCUGUUGUCUCCAGAGCUUUCUUGUCCCACUUUCCAGGUGUACAUGGGCAGCCAUAACAACCAGACUCCAAACACCAGUCUCCUUUGCACAGGCUCUUUCCUGUCUCUCUGACACUCUCUCUUCUGCUUUGUAUUCAUCACAGCUGGCUCUGUGUGGCUGAUAUAUACAUGUUCCCAUGCUGCCCUUAUGCCCUCUGCCAAGAAGAACACAUCUGAAGCGUCCCCAUAGUACUUACCACAAUAGCAUGUUUCUGGUUUUUCUGCUUAGCCUUUUUUGAUGCUCAGAAGCCCAUUGUCUGAUAGAGAAGGGAUGGCAACACAUGGCAUUAAGUACUAGAACUACAUCUAGCA